CAGGUGCGGGGAUGCGGGCAGAGCGCAGGUAGCGGAGCCCCGCGUUCAGGGCGCCCCGUGUGGCGAGCGCGCGGCAUGUCGCAAGGGCCCCCCGCGGGCAGCGUCCUGCAGAGGAGCGUGGCGGUGCCUGGGAACCAGCCGCAGAGCCCUGAGGAUGAGGACAGGAAGGUUCGAAGGAGAGAGAAAAACCGGGUUGCCGCUCAGAGAAGCCGGAGGAAGCAGACCCAGAAGGCUGACAAGCUCCACGAGGAGUACGAGUGCCUGGAACAGGAGAACGCCGCACUGCGCAGGGAGAUUACAAAGCUGAGGGAGGAGCUGCGCCACCUGGGCGAGGCUCUGAAGGACCAUGAGAAGGUGUGCCCGCUCUUGCUGUGCCCCAUGAACUUUGUGCAGGUCCGGCCAGACCCUGUGGCCAGCUGUCUGCCACGAUGACACCCCAGCUCACCGUCCUUUGUCCAGCUCAGAACCUCAGUUUGCACACCAAAGUGUCCACGGGUACCUGUGGCUGUGCCCCUCCAGGGAGCUCUGGGACCGGCCUGAGCUCAGUGUGGUGCUCUGAGCCACCUGACUUCGAGCCCCAGAGCAGUGGGUCCAGAAGGCCCCAGCGGGAAGGCCACCCUUUGGAAGUCACU